AUGUCUCGCAUUGUAGCAGAAGAUCACGACGCUGGUGACAAUGACUCAUCGUAUCAUUCCAUGGAGAUUAUUAGCUCGUCGUUAACCUUAGGUCAACUUCUCAAGAACGUAAGCGACGUUCGGAAGAUAGAAGUCGGAGACGAUACUCCUGUUCAUGAAUCUUUCCACGGGAACAAUUCGCUACUCGAUGAAGAAGAUUACGACGAUGAUCUCAUGCGUCCUGUUCCGUUCGUUCUAUCUUUCAACAACCUCACUUACACCGUCUCCAUUCGCCGGAAGUUCGAGUUCCACGAUCUGAUUCCGCGGAGGAAGCUGUCUUUCCCAAAGACCAAGACUCUUCUUGACGAUAUCUCCGGUGAGACACGCGACGGAGAGAUUCUCGCCGUUCUUGGAGCUAGCGGCUCAGGUAAAUCAACUCUGAUCGAUGCUUUGGCGAAUCGGAUAGCUAAAGGAAGCUUGAAAGGCAGUGUUACGCUUAACGGAGAGGCUCUUCAAUCUCGGAUGCUGAAAGUUAUAUCGGCGUAUGUAAUGCAAGACGAUCUUCUCUUCCCGAUGCUCACCGUAGAGGAAACGCUAAUGUUCGCCGCUGAGUUUCGAUUACCAAGAACCUUGCCUAAGUCCAAGAAGAAGCUCCGUGUUCAAGCGUUAAUCGACCAGCUAGGGAUUCGUAACGCGGCGAAAACGAUCAUCGGAGACGAAGGACACCGUGGGAUCUCCGGUGGAGAGAGACGGCGAGUUUCGAUCGGAAUCGAUAUCAUUCACGAUCCGAUUGUUCUGUUUCUCGACGAGCCGACUUCUGGUUUGGAUUCCACGAGCGCGUUCAUGGUGGUUAAGGUGUUGAAGAGGAUCGCAGAGAGUGGCAGUAUCGUGAUAAUGUCUAUACAUCAGCCUAGCCACCGUGUUCUCGGUUUGCUCGACCGUCUUAUCUUCUUGUCACGUGGCCACACCGUCUUCAGCGGAUCUCCGGCGAGUCUGCCGAGUUUCUUCGCCGGAUUUGGAAAUCCGAUACCGGAAAACGAGAGCCAGACGGAGUUCGCACUCGAUCUCAUCAGAGAACUCGAAGGAUCCGCCGGUGGAACCAGAGGAUUAGUGGAAUUCAACAAGAGCUGGCAAGAGAUGAAGAAGCAGAGAAAUGAGCAGCAAAUCGUUACUCCGCCGGCUUCUCCGUACCCGAAUUUAACCUUGAAAGAAGCAAUUUCCGCCAGCAUAAGCAGAGGGAAGCUAGUCUCCGGUGGCGGCGCUGGAUCCUCCGCCAUAACCACGACACUAGCCGUCCCUGAAUUCGCGAAUCCCUUCUGGAUCGAGAUUAAAACUCUCUCCAAACGCUCAAUCCUCAACUCCCGAAGACAGCCGGAGCUAUUCGGUAUCCGAUUAGCCUCCGUAGUCGUCACCGGAUUCAUCCUAGCCACCGUCUUCUGGCGAUUAGACAAUUCCCCAAAAGGCGUCCAGGAGCGACUCGGCUUCUUCGCGUUCGCAAUGUCCACAAUGUUCUACACUUGCGCCGACGCUCUCCCCGUCUUCCUCCAGGAACGUUACAUCUUCAUGAGAGAGACAGCUUACAACGCUUACCGGAGAUCCUCCUACGUCCUCUCUCGCGCGCUCGUCUCCUUCCCGUCGCUCAUCUUCCUCUCUCUCGCUUUCGCAACGACGACGUUCUGGGCUGUCGGGCUCGAAGGAGGCCCAAUGGGCUUUUUAUUCUAUUGCCUCAUCAUCUUAGCCUCUUUCUGGUCCGGAAGCUCCUUCGUGACUUUCUUAUCCGGCGUCGUUCCGCACGUGAUGUUGGGCUACACGAUCGUUGUGGCCAUUUUGGCUUACUUCUUGCUCUUCAGUGGCUUCUUCAUCAACAGAGAUCGAAUCCCAGAGUACUGGAUAUGGUUUCAUUACCUAUCUCUGGUUAAGUAUCCGUACGAGGCGGUUCUUCAGAACGAGUUCUCGGAUCCCACGGAGUGUUUUGUGAGAGGUGUUCAGAUUUUCGACAACACGCCUUUGGUGGAAUUGACUUAUGGGAUGAAACUGAGGCUUUUGGACUCUGUGAGCCGAUCGAUUGGGAUGAGGAUUUCGAGCUCUACGUGUCUUACGACGGGUGCUGAUAUUCUGAGGCAGCAAGGAGUGACGGAGCUUAACAAAUGGUAUUGUUUGCUCGUCACGGUAGGUUUUGGAUUCGUUUUUAGGGUUUUGUUUUACCUGUGUUUGUUGCUUGGUAGCAAGAACAAGAGGAGUUGA